GAAGAUGGAUAAUGUCUGUAUCAGAAUCAGGUGAUAAACAGCUGCAAGAAAACCUCCUUCUGUUAUUAAAACCAGCACUUGCAGCUCUUAAUAAGGAUAACCAGACAAAAGAAGUUGAUAAUACAUCAAAAGCUAUUUGGCCAAGUAAAUUACUGGUUAGAACUGCUUUCAAGUUGGGAAAAGUCAACUUCACUUAUACGGUAACUCCAGAAACACCAUCUAUUAUAGGAAAGGCAUUGGGAAAAGAAAUUGCAUCAUCAUAUUCUAAAAUUCGUGAAAAUCAAAAACAGUUAGAAGAGCCAAGCUCUUAUAAAGCGUAUUGUGAUGCACUUCCUGGACCUCUUUGUAAUUUUUUUCAAGCUUUUCUUACUGAGUUACAAAAAAGGAAGCUAACUUCCAUCAACAGAAUGAGAAAAACCCGCAACCUCCCAUCAAAAGUUAUUGACACUGAUCAAAUAACAAGAACCACUACAUUAUUUGUUUCCAUGAUACUGACAAUAGCUUUUCCUGGAAUGAAAAUCUGGCUCACCCAUAUCAUGUCAUCAAUAUGCCAGAAACCAAAGCUAUUGCCAUACUUGCGACAAAUUCUUUAUGGUGCAAAAGUUAUUUCUUACAGCAAACGACAUGAAAAUCGACUUGAACUGGAGCGAGCACAUAAUGCAGACCCUGUAUCAAGAAUACUCCAAGGGACACAACAUAUUAAUAUGUUUAAUUUAGCUGUAAUUGACAAUAUAGACUUUGCAGCAUUGACAUUUAAAUCAGGCAAUAUUUUUGACACUCCACGGCAGACUUCACAUGCAACAUUACGAUUACUAAUUCAAUUCACUCUUCCAAAUGCUCCUGAUGAUAUUAUGGAAGAAUCUAUUGAUCAACCAUUAAUUG